AUGGCUCCCUACUUUAGGUAUGACCUCACGAUCUCUAGUCCUAUAACCAUGCAAUUAACCCCUUGUCCCAGCCCUAGAGAUCGUCACUCCACCCAAGACAAAGGUCCCAAGUCGCCUCGUCUGCGCCUGACUCCAGUCGAACAAGUCAACAUCUGCACUGAGAUCGCAAGCGUAGGUCUCCUUUUCGCAACCCCCACACCCCUAACUCACAAUACUAUAGNNCUCAGAGCCCAGAUCUCCAAGCGCAACGACAAGAUUGAGAACUACAGAUCUCUGCACGAUGAACAUAUUUCCAGUAUCCAGACCAACAUCACGCCUUACACUCGCCGUCAGAUUGAGCAUGCAGAGGCUGGUAGAGGCGUUCGCAGAGGCAGUCAUUACCAGAUGCACCUCAUGAUGAACUUGAGAAUCAGAGUGCAGUUUCUCAGAGACAUGAUUGAUCAGUGGAUGGCUGAGAAUGCAGGUGAUGAGCUCAAGAUCGAACAGUUGAAGAAGGCAUUGGGCAACGAUGAGGAUGGUUCGGAGAAUGGCGAGGAUGGUCACUGA